ACAGAGGCACGUCUCUAAUUAACUCAAUUGAGAGGCUCGUAUGCAACUCCGUAUCACUUCGCUCUCUCAUUCUCAUUUGAAUUGAUUCUCUGUUUUAGGAAUUCUGUAAACGCCAUGAGAACUCAGCAGCCAAAGCUCAAGACUCAGCUCUUCUCCUGUGGAUUCUUCGGCCACUGCACUCGCUCUGUUUUGAGCCCCACCGCCCCCCAUUCCCCUGCCCUCCCUUCUUCCCUUCCCUCCGACCAACCGCCGCCGCCGCCGCCACCGUCACUGCCACAACACUCCCGCCGUCCACCGCUUCCCGAUUCCGAGUCAUCAUCCUCCUCUGCCUCCCAAAGCUUCACCCAAUGGAGGUUCCCACUUCCUCACUCGCCAGUUUUUUCCCAACAACCAUCAGUUUCCGACCCACCGUCUAAUUUCUCCAUCCCACCUUCCGGUCCUCCGCCGCCACCAAUCUCCGCCGAAAAUCUGAAAGAAAUCCUCCACGUGGCAGAGCUCCAGCUCAGCUCCGGUUCAGACGCCGACCGGCUCGCCGCUCUCCAGCUCCUGGAACGGUCGCUGGUUCCGGACCCAUCACUAGACCCGGACUGCACUCCCGAAUUGAUGCGCGGGUUAAUGGCAAAUUUGAGUAGCAAAACCGGUUCGAAACCGGCGACCAAAAUUUUGCUGGCCCUUUGCUUGGCGGAGGGCAACCGCCACAUUGCGGUGGAGAGCGGGGCGGUCGGGGCGGUGAUUGAGUCGCUGCCGGAGAUGGAAGACGUGGCGGCGGAGCGGGCACUCGCGUCGCUUGAACUUAUGUGUACGGUGGCAGAGGGGGCGGCGGAGGUGCGGGCCCACGCGCUUUCGGUGCCGGCGAUGGUGACGAUGAUGGGAAGAAUGGCGGCCAGGGGGAAGGAAUCUGCCAUAAGCGUGCUUGGGGUUAUUUUCGACAAUGGGGUCUCGUCGGACGCCGAGUCGGCGGUGACGGCGCCGCCGGAGGAAGUGGCGCGUGCUGUGGUUUUGGCGCUGCAAGGGGAUAGUAGUGCGAGGGGGAGGAGAAAAGGGGCGCGGCUUCUUAAGGCACUGCAAGAGCAGCAAGACGGAUGCUCCGCCGCAACCUGAGAUCCAAAUCCGGCGACGGCGUACGACGGUGGAUAUAUGUCCCGUCGGAGCUGACUGUGAUAUCUUGAUCUCCUUAAUUUCAGAUGACAAAUACAAUUAAAUGAUAUUUGGUUAGUUAAUUAAUAUCUUUAUCCUUUUAAAAAAAAGAUUAUGAUUUGCUUGUUACUUACUAUGUCCUUCUUUAAUUA